AUGACUUCCUGCUCGAUGAUCGAUGUCAGAGGCCAUGACUUCAAAGCUCUGGUUUUUGAGUUCAUCCCUAAUGGAAGCCUAGAUAAAUGGUUACAUCCAGAAUUAGAUGGGCAUCAUCAUUCGGAAAGUCUAAGCCUGCUUCAAAGGUUAAACAUAGCGAUUGGUGUGGCUGAUGCAAUAGACUACCUUCACAACAAUUGCCAGCCGCCUAUUGUUCAUUGUGAUUUAAAGCCUAGUAAUGUACUGCUUGAUAAUGAGAUGAUUGCUCAUCUGGGGACUUUGGUGUCUACUUCUGGCGACGUUUAUAGCUAUGGAAUCCUUCUCUUGGAAACGCUUACUGGAAAGAGACCUGUUGAUGAUAUGUUCAAAGAUGGCUGA